AUGAGAAAAGGGCCCUGGAUUUCAGCCACAGGUCCUACUGGGCAGCGUCUGGCGCCGCCCCGGCCCUCCAGGCCUGGCACUCGCCCUAAACAAACAUGGCGCCGACGGCCUCACGCGCCUCACGCCGCAGGCGCGUCACGCGACAGGCCCGCAGGGCUCCGCGGGCGCCGCUCUCAUCCGCUUAGACUGGCUGACAAGACAGGGAGCGGGAACUAUGACCUGGAUGGUGGCGGUGUCCGGGGCCGCUCUGGGGCCGCUGUUGUGUGGCUGCGCGCAGGCGCUGCUGGGCGGGAUGGUGUACACCGGGGAGAGCGCGUCGCGGGAGCGCAAGGAGCUCCACCGCCUCUGAGGCUUCCCAGCCCACUUCUCCGUCAACCGACGCCUGGGCUUCCAGGAGCAGAGGUACCGGUGACCGUUAGGAGAGGCGCCCGGAAACCCGGCGUUGGGAAUGGUCGGGCCCCACCUUGGACAUACCGGUUCUCUGCAUCUUCAAUGAUAUCAGCCAGGACUGGGCAUUUUGUCAGCUGGGUGUGGCAUGAACGGGAGGUGACCCUGCUGAAGCAAUGGAUCCAGGACCUGCACACAAGAGUGAUGCUGAGGAUUGGCAGUGCCCACUUCUAUGCCAUUGUGUGGGUGAAUGGUGUCCACACGCUAGAGCAUGAAAGGGGCUACCUCCCCUUCGAGGCUGACGUCAGCAGCCUGUUCCACGUGGGUCCCCUGCCCUCCCGCCUCUGAGUCACUGUCGCCAUCAAGAGCACGCUCACCCCCCCCCACCCUGCCACCAGGGACCAUCCGUAUGUGACCGACAUGUCCAAGUGGGUACCAUCUUGCCUCCACUGCACACACCCACCUUCCCGCCCCACCCUGUGGUCUUCCUGCCAGGGACAGGGUGGCCUUCGCAGAGAGGAGGCCCUGAUCUGGGGAGGCAUGUGAGCUGAGGGCAAAAGACCCGUGGCAAGGGCCCAGCAAACCACAGUCCUCCCGCCCUCGGUAUCCCUAGGGUUACUUUA